CGAUAAGGAUAGAAACCGAAGUGACAUCAGACCAAACCGCGAAGUAGACACGCCCCGCGUGAUUUCAUCUAACCCCUGACGCACGCAUUUUUAUUUCUUCUUCUUCAACGACCUUCUUCAUCUGAGUCAUCAAUGGCGUCCUCGUGUUCUUCCUCAAUCGAUCAAGUCAGGUUUCGGACUCAAGUCCUCGCCAGACACCUCCACCACCCCGAUCUAACCCCACCGUCUUCUUCUCCACUCGAACCCGCACCAUGCCUGAACUACUCUCCUCCGGAGCUCUCCGAGGGUUUCCAAUUCGAUACUCGCGAGAUGCGAAAGCUGAUGGACGGCCACAACAUGGAGGACCGAGACUGGCUGUUCGGUCUCAUGAUUCAGAGCAACCUGUUCUGCCCCAAGGUGAGGGGCGGGAGGGUCUUCGUCUCUCCCGAUUACAACCAGUCGAUGGAGCAGCAGAGGGAGAUGACUAUGAAGCGAAUUGGGUAUUUGUUGGAAAAAGGGGUCUUCCAGGGUUGGCUCACCGGGAAAGGCCCCGCCUCCGAGCUUCGAAAGCUCGCGUUUUUGGAGGUUGUUGGGAUUUUUGAUCAUUCUCUCGCGAUUAAGAUUGGCGUCCACUUCUUUCUAUGGGGUGGUGCAAUCCAGUUUUUUGGCACAAAGCAUCAUCAUGAGAAGUGGUUGAUGGACACAGAAAAUUACGUGGUCAAGGGUUGCUUUGCAAUGACUGAAUUGGGGCAUGGAAGUAAUGUUCGAGGCAUUGAAACAGUUGCUGCAUAUGAUUCAAGCACCGGAGAGUUUGUCAUUGACACUCCAUGUGAAUCAGCCCAGAAGUAUUGGAUUGGAGGAGCAGCUAAUCAUGCAACACACGCGAUAGUCUUUUCACAGCUCAAUAUAAAUGGAAACAAUCAAGGGGUCCAUGCUUUUAUAGCCCAGAUCAGAGAUGAAAACGGCAAUAUCUGUCCGAACAUCCGUAUAGCUGAUUGUGGUCAUAAGAUUGGUCUGAAUGGUGUUGACAAUGGUCGAAUCUGGUUUGACAAUGUCCGGAUCCCCAGAGAGAAUUUGUUGAAUUCUGUAGCUGAUGUUUCUCCGGAUGGGCAAUAUCUCAGUGCGAUAAAAGACCGAGAUCAGAGAGUUGCGGCAUUCCUGGCCCCAUUGACAUCUGGUCGUGUAACCAUUGCUGUCAGUGCAGUUUACACAUCAAAGGUUAGUUUAGCAAUUGCCAUAAGGUAUGCAUUGACCAGGCGAGCCUUUUCUGUUGGACCUAAUGAGCCUGAAGUCCUUUUGCUUGAUUAUCCAAGUCAUCAACGGCGGCUCUUACCUCUGCUUGCAAAGACAUAUGCUAUGAGUUUUGCUGCUAACUACUUGAAGAUGAUGUAUGUGAAGAGGACACCUGAAUCAAACAAAACCAUCCACGUUAUUUCAAGUGCAUUCAAAGCAGCUUUAACUUGGCAUGACAUGCGAACUCUUCAGGAAUGUCGUGAAGCCUGUGGGGGACAAGGUCUGAAGACUGAAAAUCGGGUCGGCCAUCUGAAAGGUGAAUUUGAUGUACAAUCCACGUUUGAGGGGGAUAACAAUGUUCUCAUGCAACAGGUUAGCAAGGCACUCCUUUCUGAAUAUAUAGCAGCCAAGAAGAGGAACAGACCAUUUAGAGGGUUGGGACUGGAACACAUGAACAAAUCUUGUCCUGUCAUCCCUUCUCAGCUCACAAGUUCUACCCUCAGGAGCAUCCAAUUCCAGACUGAUAUAUUUUGCCUAAGAGAGCGAGAUCUACUUAGUCGCUUUGCUGCAGAAGUUUCAGAACACCAAGCACAGGGACAAAGCAAAGAAUAUGCAUUCAUUCUGAGUCAUCAGCUUGCUGAAGACUUGGGCAGGGCCUUCUCGGAACGAGCAAUUUUCCAAACCUUUAUAGAGGCUGAGGCAGCUGUAUCUACUGGCUCGUUGAAGAACAUAUUAGGUCAUUUGAGAUCCAUGUAUGCGUUGAUCAGCUUGGAAGAAGAUGCCUCAUUCCUCCGAUAUGGGUACUUAUCACCGGAUAAUGCUGCUGCAGUCAGGAAAGAAUUGACUAGACUAUGCACUGAACUACGACCUCAUGCAUUAGCCUUAGUCAGUUCUUUUGGCAUACCCGAUGCUUUCUUGAGCCCCAUAGCUUACAAUUGGAUAGACGCAAAUUCUUGGUCUUCUGUUCAACAGUAGCUUGGCGUUUGUGGUAAACUACUUUGAAGUCAAUGAAUCUGCAUCAUCAUAAUUCAGUAGCCAUUUAAGUGAGGCAACUCUUUGUAAAACUUUUUUUUUAAUUUUUUUUAUUUAAAGAAUAAAUAUCUUUCAUUGUCAUUUAUUUUUGUAUCCUAUCCUGACACGUCGGAUAAACUAUGUUUCAUAUCUAUAUUGCAUCUUUUACUUGGUGAUGA